CUAAACACGUUUAUAAAUUGAUAUAUUUUCUCUCGAACGUGCAUUUUAACAACUGUAAUAGUGAGCAUUAUUUAUUGACUAACUAUGAUCUCAAGUAAUUUAUCAGUCAAAAAGUUUACAAAGGACAAUGUGAAUUCCUGAUGCAAAAUCGGGGACGAGUUGAGAGCAAGGUACUGUCCGUACUGUUUUGUAACGCUUGAUAAGUGUCUAUGUUAAAGUCACAGCUCAAUUCCUUUGCUAUACUGAACACCCUAGAUACUACAUGCUCAGAAUGUAGCCCAUGACAUCAUCUCAGCAAAUGCUACCACACAUUGCACGAUAGGCUGGCUGAACACUUUAAGCAACAGCAAAUGAUUUCUUGUCAGCUCCAAAACUGCAGGGCUCUCAUUCGGUGAUGGAAACAUAAUUCAUUGCCUUAAACGAGCACACCAAAUACCAGUAGUUCCCAAAUCUGGCACAGAACAUGGAGAAAACGUGCUCCAGGACUUCUCCCUUGUUGCUAACAGACGCUCUAACAUAAUAGAGAAGCAGAAACUAGAAAUACAAACAGCGUUAAACUACGGCAAAAGCAACUAUGUACUCAGCACAUUACAUAACAACUUCACACCAGCAGCCUUUUGACUCUAUAAACAUGGAGAGAAGGCGGUCCCAGUUGUAGAGCAUGCGCCGUCUCCUGCACUUACUGCGCUCUCGCACCUUCUUUUAAGCUUGUCCGUCACUGUUUGUGAAAAGUUAGACCCCCGAGCCAAAAGAGAAAUGUUUAACAUGGCGAUGCGGUGUACAAACUGCUCAGUCAUGGGUCGUCAUCGUCUCGGCUUAGGACAGGUAUGGAUUGCCCAUACUGGAGUGUCAGCGUCCCAGGAGCACUUGGUGCCGUCCCCGGGUUAUCCACCUGUCCGGCAGCCGCUCGUGCUCAAGGGUGAAAUGGCCAGGCACCGGUGGCGGGAAGUAUGUUACAGAGGGACUUGUGAUGCCCCGUGCGUGCAAGAAAAGCUACAAUCCCCAACUAAGGUCCACCGGCUCAAGAGUUUUAUGCACCCGCGGACUAAUUUUGCCGUGAGUGCUGACCGCUGGUAUGGGUGUUUCGCAAAGAGAAACUAUUUAUCCGUCUUUCCUCAACACUUCAUGUUUUAUACAGGGAAUCAGACGACUCGUACAGAUCUGAAAGGACAAGCUAAUUUUUACUGGCUGUGUGCCGAAGAAAUUCUCCCUCAUGGGAACUGGAAGAGAAGUGUUGAUCCAGUGUGGCUCCAGAUUCAUCACCGAUCAUACAGUCAGACUGGAGGGCCAAAGCAACUGCCUGAGGACAGCAGCACUGUAAAGCAGACAGAUGAUCACAUAAUUACUAACAGAGAAUCUGAAGGUCCUAGCAGAAGUGGUGAAGGGAAGUCGAACAAAACUCAGCAGUUAAAACGAGUUUUCAAAGAAUAUGGAGCUGUAGGAGUCUCUUUUCAUGUUGGCAUUUCACUUAUAUCAUUAGGAAUCUUUUACAUGGCUGUUUCAAGUGGCUUGGAUAUGACGGCAAUCCUUUUCAAGCUGGGAUUCAGUGAAGCGGUUGUGCAGUCUAAAAUGGCAGCUGGAACCAGUACUUUUGUUUUGGCCUAUGCUAUCCAUAAAAUGUUUGCUCCUGUAAGGAUUAGUAUAACUGUGGUUUCUGUGCCACUUCUUGUAAGGUACUUUCGUAAAGUUGGCUUUUUCAAGCCACCCGCACCAAAUCCAUAAGCAAAUCAUGAAAUAAGAAAAUGUUGGACAAACCUCUUGUCACACUUGGUAGUUUUUGAAGCAUUGUGACUUAACUGACGCACGAAUAAGGGAUAUUCUUAAAGCAGAUGCUGUUAUGCUUCUGUCAUCAUGGAUGGCAAGCAGUGACUGACCUAAGUGGGUAUGAGAACAUAUUAAAAUAAAGUAAUAAAAAAGUGAAAUGUGAAACAAAAAAUGACCAGAAUCCAAAAAUAUUGUAACGCAUAAAAAUGAGUGGAUUUUUAAACCUGACUGACCCUCAUUUUUAUACAUUGCAAUAUUUUUAGAUUCUGGGUAUGAGAAGAAGUCUGUAAUAGUGGCCUUGUGUGCUAAAUACAUUUUAUAUGUUUUGUUUUUUGCAGUUUUAUGGAAUGGGCAUGAAAUGCCACUUGUACUGAUCGAAUAAGAUGCUCAUCAUAUGGAUCUCUGCUGCAGUGCUUUUGUAGUGCGAAAAGCCACAGGAGGGCAUUGGUCUUUUGGCCCAGCUUGCAAAUCAGUUGAAUCCCCAGGUAGAGCAAAAUCUUACCUCCCACACCAUGCUGGAGCUACCAGCACAUGGCCCUCCUGUAAAGCAAAUUGCAACCUGCACCAUCUUCGAUACAUCAGUCACUUUUCUAGUAGACUUUUCUUCUGACUUAUUACUAUAUUGUUAAUGUUAGGUUUACUAUGUAUUCUGUUUUCAGUGUUUUCUAAUAUUUCUUAGAAGGCUGAUGAAAUUUCUGGAAAGAAAUCAACCCUUCCUGAGGAUUUUUAUUUGCAGUAUCUUUUUGUUUUGUGUUAUUGUUGUUUUGCCUGUAGAGAAUGGGAUGUGAGAAUGUUAUCAUUGCAAAACUAGUUAAUGUGAAAAUUCUUUUGAGAGGUGCUAGAAAUCUGAAAGCUUUCGUAGAAGACUGCAAGCUACUGGCCAUAACCUAAGGUAUGCCUACCCUAUCCAUAGUAGAGAAAUUUGUAGGGAUAGUUUCAUCUCAAAGAACUUCAAGCAUAUGCUGAGGGAUGUCUGACCCCACUCAAGAAAGUUAGAAGUGCAGAAGGCUGUAGCUUCUAUUCCCACACCCAGUACAUAAUGCAGCUUAAGGGGUGCUUCACUCCAGUAUGUCAUCCUUUGGAUGAGAUGUUAAAGUGAGGAGAAGCUUCUCGAUGCCCUGGCCAUAUUUCCCUUAGUAGUAUAAAUACUACUUCGGGUCUCCCCUGAAAAGAACUUUGUGGGACUAACCUGGUCAACAAAGGAUACAUAAAUAGUCUUGUUAUAAUUCAAUUUGAUAGAUGAAAGUCACUCAGCAGCCUUGUUUUUACUUUAUUUCCAGGUUUCGGAGUGAGGUUUCCAGUAAAAAAUAUACUUCACCACAACUGGACAUCAGUUCCCAAGUGUCCAAAGUAUGCAUCUGUGGGCAAUCACUCUUGCAUUCAAGAGCUCAUAAGUACAGUUGUAUUGUUUUUGUGGUAUUUGCCAACAGUGGAUCAUCUGCACAUAAACCAUCUGAGGAGUCAGCUUAAAGUUCUGGCUUUGACUAAAACAAAGUCUUGGUAAAUGUCCAAAGGCUAAGAUAUCUGUGAGGUAGACAAAACUUACACACACUUGUGGCUCAAUUUUUCUACAUUUGUUUCCAAGAAAUGUGCUGAAGAAUAUUUUACUAUGGUAAAAAGAGCUGCCCAUGCCUUAACUCUGAUUUCCACAAGCAAAAAUAGUGCUUGUUCUCAAGAGAUAUCCUGAAUUAUAUUGGAACAAGAGUAUCUAGCUGCUCAGACUAGAUCUACUUGCUCUAAUGAUCAGGAUACAGUUUCUUCAGGGUCCUAUUAAAGAAUAUUUCAUUUGGAAAACACUAAAACUAAAUGAGACUGAGGAGCAUCUCCCACCCAGAAGUGAUGUUUUCAGUUGCUGGGAAAUGAGCAGCUCAGGUUUUCAGCUGAAUCCUCUGUCAAAGACUUUUUAAUGCAUUUUAAAAUGCUUUCUUAGAGUCAUAUUCUUAGCCUCCAACCCCCAAAAUGCCAAGUAGAUUCCAGCAAGGAAAGCUGUUGAAGACAGUUCCUGCUCUAAGUACCUCAGUUAGUGAUGGAGAAAGUACAGUCUUGCCUGGAAAAACAGAAUAUAUGUCCCCACCUUGGGGAACUUGACACUCAGCUGUCAGUCCCUAAUGGUACAUCAACAGGGACAUUCUACAGCACAUAGAGGAGCUAUUGCAAGGUGUUCUGCAUGGUUUUAAUGCACAGGAUUUUUUUAAACUUCAGCAUAUGACAUCCAGGGUGAAGAGACCUAAUUAUACAUGGUUGUGAUAUGGUAACUGUCCUCUGCAGGAAUGCUUGCUUGUACAUACAAUCCUUCAGUGAGGCUGUUAAAAGGUCAGCUUCUCGACACCUUCUUGGAUAUAUCUAACUUACUGGUGAUUCCUGAAAAUAUUCUGGAAAUUAAUAGAGGUGGACAUCAUCAUGGAGAAAUUCAAGAAAUUCUUUUCUCCCUUUAUACUCCAACAUCUGUCCUUCUAAGGACUGGCCUUUUUGCAGAAGGUAGGUAAAACGUGCAGAAUAUAGACAAGUCAGACAAGUUAAAAAUAAGCAGCUAGCGGUUCCUGGAAGGAUGAUUAGAGCCAGUGUAGACAGUAGGGGUCAUUAGGGAUGUAGACCCAGGGAACAGAUCUCACAACAAUACUGAUGGCACACCGCUAUGACUAUCACCUGACACCUGUCUCUCAAAACAUCUUCAAUGGGAGUGUCUCCUUUUUUCAACACUGGUUCCUCCUAACCUUAGACAUUUAGAUAAGGCAAAUGCUAGUCGCAGACUUCACUGUAAAGUUACCUCAGUUUCCUCCUUGCAUAAGAUAUAACCUUGCUGUCAGUAAACCAUUUGUUGCAUGCUCUGGCCAUUCUUAGGCAACUGUUGGUGGCAGGAAGUAGAAGAAGCUGUACCCCUUCAAAAGUUACUCAAGCCCAUUUCUGGUUUGUAAAUGAGGGAAUCAUUGAAGACCUAUCUUUUAUUUUCCAGACGGAACUGGCAUAUAGCAGUGAUAAAGUCUAAGAUUAUGCUGCAUCUGAAUAAUCUUGUAUUGAUACAGGAUGCCUUUUUGGUUUACUUAAACAAGAAAGAUUUCUCCUAAUACAUUCCUAUUCACAAAUUACAAGCAGAUUUCUCAGAGUUUGAGUAAGAAAGUCAAACUACCCAUUUAUAUUUUUUUUUGUCUCGGUAGUAUGGCCAGGGCUUUCAGAAAAUGUAAGGCAUCAGUUUUCGCACGCUUCCAAAUGCUGUAGAGGACCCAAAUGCAGAAUUUUAUCCUCAAACUUUCUUCGUCAUAGCAAUUCCUAGGUGCUGUCCUAGGCACUAGAACUUUCAGAAACUGAAGGUCAAGGUAGCGUUGUGUAUGAUGAGGUAAAGAUAGAAUGACAGACUUUUCAUUUUGUCACCUAGAUAUCUCAUCUGCAAGUAAAGUAUCUUUUCCACGGCCCAAGUCUUCAUGUACUCAUCCAUCUUGAAUGGACUCCUCACACAAGAUUACGGAGGAAGAUUCAUUGUUACCUGAAAAACAUUUAGGAGCAGCACAGUCAAGUAUGCCCUCCCUCUGAUUCUAGCCAUAAUGAAGAAAGUUAAAUGAUGGCCAAGCAAGUGGGUAGCAUAUGACUAUAUCUUUUCAGCCUCCCCCCUUUCUCCAAAAGAACCAAAUCAGAGGUUAGCUGCGAGUGUUCUGUACCUAAGAGGUCUCUCCUUCCUCCAUCUCAAAGUAUAGAGUAGGCGUUUGAUAGCAAACGAAGCAUUUUGACCUAAAGAUGUUGGUCAUACUCGAUACCUUCUUAACCUUUAAAUCCCUUCUGAAUUUAAAGACUCUUUAGACGGCAUAAAUGGAAUGUACACUAACAAGCUGAGUGUUCGCAUUUAUGUCCACUCUGCAAAUUAUCUGUGGUAGUAUUGAACCUGACAGUCAGUCUUAGUCUGUAUCUUUCUGCUGUGUACAUUCCCAGCUAUUAAAACUGCUUAGCAGUCCUCAUUUCUGGGAAUGUAACAACAUCAAGUAAAAGGAAGUUGACUUGGACAGAGUUUUUAAAGAUUCAAAAAUAAACUAUUUACUAUCCCAUGAAGAAACUUUGCUCAAGAAAUUUUUGCUGUCUGGCUGAUGCUGUUGUUUAUUUCCAUUUAAGGUGGAAGUGGCUAAACAUUUCUGUUCUAGUUCCACGCAUUAUGAUGGACUCAGUAAAUUGGGGUCAUUCUGGUAGCCCUUUGGUCAGAGCAGGUCCCCAUCUCAUGUAUGUUGCCAGACAAGAGUCAAUAGCUUUCCCCCUGCAUUGCAGCCUGUUAUCUCAAAGAAUUGACCCUUGUGCAACCUAUCCUCAGGGCACUCGUGUCACUAGAUCAGAAGAUUAGUGCUAGAACCUCAUAGCCACUGUUUCUUUCCAGAAGUGCUUUCGGUGGUUUCAUCAUUCAAGAAAUGAUCAUACAUGAGAAAGUCCUACCUACACAGGUGGGAAAAGGUUCUCAUAUUGAUGCAGAACCCAGUUUCUUUCACGAUUCAUCAAAUCCUCCAUUAUUUCUCAUAGUUUCUCAACCAGAGACUGGUGUACUGUUCUUUUGAAGCACAUCUCUCUGCCAUCUUGGCCUGUAUACCACUGGACUGCUCCCCCAUUUCCAUUUCUGCUUACUUCUGCUUUACUUAUCUAGGACAUCAUGUGCCUAGAUUUCUUACUCCAACAACCCAUCUCUGCCUGUUGGAACCUCAGUUUCAUCCUGAAAAGCUCAGCCAUCUAUUCUUUGAUUAUGCUGUCUCAUUUGCUCCAAAAUACUUGUCUGCAAACGACUGUAUUUCUAGUGGCCAUAAUUUCUUCCAGGACAAUGUCUGCUCUGCAGACUUUAAUGUGCAGGGGAACAUUGUACAGUCUUACACAAGUAGAGUUUGAAGACCUGGUAUCUUUGAAGCCUAACCCCUCCUUAUCCCUAAGAUGCCCUCCAAACUCUUUGCAGGUUAGUUUAUUCAGCUGCCAGCAUCUUUAUUUCAAGACAGAGGUCAGCGGAGAGAGGCUCCUGCUUAUUUAACAUGUACACAUGUAACUUGGGUAUACUUUCAGGAUACUAUCAAAACAGAUUCCCUUGAAAAGCAAGCCAGAUGAUUUAUUUUUGCUUCUGAUGUCCAUGACAAGAGAGCAAUUGGAUAAAUCGAAGUACACUCUGGGGCAGCUGCCCCCACUGCAUCCUUCCUUGUAAAUGUAUCUACCUAGAUUACUUGUAAAGCUGCAACUUGGGCUUCCACCUUUCUCUAGUCAUUACAAUUUGAAUGACUAAUCCAGAACUAAUGCUGCCUUUGUCUGUACAUUUUUAUAAAGCAUGUUGUAAUCUACCCCAAGAUUAAGGACUUGCUCUGUUUAGUGCUAGCUUAUUUAUAUAAUGUACUGUAGCAGUGAUCUCUGACAAGCAUAGUACAUCUACGUUAGAGUAUUCACCAUAGCUGUUGAUGGCUGAAUAGUAGACCAUUGCUACUGUAGGAACUUGCAUGCUAAUCCCCCUUCCUUCAUGAUCAGUUUUUUUAAUGACCUAAUAUUUUCUAGGUUCUCAUGUGGGCCCUUCCCAGUUUGAUUAUAAAAUACUUGAGUUUUGAUUUUAUAAUUUGCUGCUGGGUGAUGGUGGUGUAAACUUUUUAAUGAGAAACAUAACUGAAGUAGCUGCUUGGUUAGCCCCUUUGUUUGCCUGUCUGAGGGGCAUGGGUGUGGGGUUCAUUUCUUUCUUUUGGAUACAUAUUUGUGGCGAGAUGCAGAGUAAUUCCUGGCUUCAAAAUUAACAAGACUCCCUUCUGAUGGCUUUGGCUUUGGAGGACCUACAUGGAAAUAUUCAACUGCUCUGCAAGCUUGAUCAUGAGACUUAACAUCUUCCCUGCAGUUUAUCCCUUUUGUAUGAUGAAUGCACUGGUGUGGUGGUCUUACUGUUUGACUAUCUACUUUUAUGGUGAGUGGUCCUGCAACUUAACUUUACUUUGAUGUGAACAGCCGUGGAAGUGCACUUAUAAAUGUAGCAAUAAGUGGUUGAAGGUUUUAUGAGCCUGUAAGUUUGUCAUGUCCAUCCCACUGCUUCAAAGUUGUGUAAAAUAUAUAGAUGGAAGGGAUAGAGACAGCAGCACAGUUAGCCUUCUGGUAGUUUCUAUAUUGCAUCAUGAUCAUGAGAGAAACAACUGUCAAGAAUUGGAUGACUUUGUAUCAGUUGGGACUGAUCUCCUGAAUCUUUAGCAUUAAUCAUGCUUUGUUCAUGUUUUUCUUUUAAUCAUCGUGAUUCCUGGAACACAUGGGAAAACACUGAUAAUGGACUACUAUAAUGGAGCAAGAUAGACUGAUGCUGACAUUUAAUCCUUUUUGUCAGACUUGUAAGUAAAGCUUUCAAAGGUGUAUAUUUCACAUGGAUAGCUGUAGGCAUUGAUUAGUAUGUUCAGCAAAAACAUAAUUUGAGAUGGAUUUGAUUCCAUGUAAGCUAAGUAAAUCACUGUGGCUGUGACUGUCGCAGUGAAUCAUAGUACCAGUGUGUGUGUGUCCUGCUGAUGGUCCUUUUUUAAUUUUCUAAUAAGAUAAGCUAAUGGGUUAACUUGAAAUCACUGAAAAGUAUUUUUACUUUUUAUAUAUUUUGAUUUAUUUGUGCAUUUAAAUUUAUUUGUGGUAUGUGAGCACUGCCUUUUGCUGUUAGCAUAGAUUUGGGUAAUCAUAAUUAGCAUAUCUACACUGUUGUUUCAGCCAGUGUGCCUUAAUUUUGAAUUAAGAAGUACUUAUGAAGUACAUUUGUAAUGUGAAGAAAUGGACUAUAGAAUUAUAUUUAUCCCGAGGGAAAGUGCUGUUGUAUGAUUAAAGCAGUUGAAAAUUGGCCUUGUUCUGUUAUGAUCAUAUUCCCUUAUUUUAUAAUAAAAAUAUUCUUGAUCUCUGUGAGAAAAUCUGAAAGUUUGUGACUGGCAGUUCUAGGUUGAAAAUAGAAUUGCUUGACAUUUGUAAGUUUUGUUGAUGUGUUAUUCUUAUACAUAGGAAAAGAAGAAUAUCUUUCCAGUCUUCCCUUUUAAGGACAUUUAACAUUCUGCCUCUUUUGUCACUUACCCUUUUUUCAAUCCUCAAAUGCCCUGAAACAAAUGCCAUGAGUGUCAAUGUGGAUCCUCUGUCCACCACUCGUUCCUCUGUUCUGUUCCAUGAGUCCACAGCCUGCCUGUAAAAAAUUACUUUCUGAGAUCCAGAGAGUAGCUAGGGGGCAUAUGCAGCAGACUGUAAAUCCUUCUUCACCAUUUCGCUUUCCUUUUCAAGAUUACCACCCCCCUCCCCCAUACACACACAUACAGACAUUUCCUUGAAGUAAUCUUGGCACCAAUAUUGUAUCUGACCCCAGCUGUUCUAGUCUGAAGCAAGAAGAGCCACAGCUUAUUUAGCCCCUAGAGCCUCUACCCAUACCCUUCCCCUACAUAAUUGUUUUAGUGGCUUUGCUCUUGGUUCCUUCCAGCAGCCUGAUAUCCCUUCCCUGACAUGUUUGACAACUAGUGGAGGUCAUUAAUUAUAUUAUAACUCACUGUUGCAGCAGAAUUUCCUACGUACUGAAAUUAGCGUACAUGCCAUUGAUACCAACAUCCUCUUAAGAAUCAACAGACCUGGCCUUACAUGAUUUUAAGAGAUUACCAUAAAAGCUUUUUGCUCAAUGCCAAGUGGCCCUGAGGAGUCAUUAACCACCAGUAACCGUCAAACACUCAGUCAAAGGGGAGUUUCUUCUACUAAGUUCUCAGAUUCUUCUCAGAAGAGGAAGAUUUAAAUGAUAUACCCAAAUGUCCUUCCCAUGUAGGAGAUAGUUUCCUAAUCACUCAAGACAUAUCUCAUCAGGUUCACUGUUGGAGGUGUUUUGUGUAUUUUAAAUGGGUGAUUUGAGAGUUGUUGGACAUCCAAAAGAUGAUAACUUAAUGUUUUAUGCUUAAGAGGGAUCUUUUGAGUUUUGAUCAGUUUAUCUCUAGCUGACCUCAGAGCCAAGGGGUAAAGCCCUGACUGGAUCAUGGAUACUCCUUCUUCAUGUAGCAGCAUGGGAGCUGAAAGGGCUGGGGUUGGGGAGAGAGAAUAAGCAUCCUAGGGAAGAGAGGAAGUUUGACUCACUUCUUCAUUGGUAAUUGCCCCAGCAUUAAUAGACUAGUGAGCACAGUGUGCUACGUCCGAUGGAGGUUGUGCAUGAGUGGAUGUGCACAUGCUCCUCCUGAGGAAGCUGUCGCAGAGUUUGCAAGGCUACCAUGGAGACAGGAUAGGAAAUUUUUAAGCAUCAGUAAACUGUCCCUCUCCCUAACACACAAUUCUUGCCUUCAUCUGGGAACAAAUGUAUCCGUGGCCUCUUGCCCCAUUGGUGGAAUGUUUGGGAUAAGUGGGUGCUGGAUGUGAAACCAUUGGGACCGUCCUGGGGACGGUUAAAAAAUGAUCUCUCCUGUUUAAGUGUCUGAGGAUUCUUUUCUGACAACUUCACUAAAAGCAGACUUUCAGCCUUCAUUCCCAGAGAAACCGAGAUAAUUGUACAGGCAUCAUCACACUUUGCAGUAACUCUGUUAGAACCCAGUUGCAGACCUUGCUGAUAUUUCCCUGGAUGCUGCAAUGGGUGCUGCAAUGGGAGCCAAGUUAGUUUGCCACAGUAAAUAGGGAGAGCAGACCUGUGGACAAAUUGAGAAAGACUGUAGGUCUAUAUGUUGAUCACCUUAGUCUACAUGGCUAUUAACUGCUAGACAGGUAUGGUCAGAUAACAAAGUCCUUAAAUAAAUAGAGGAUGUAAGAGAAAAAGUGCAUUUUGUUCAACACACGUCCCCAUCUGAUGUAUAUUGAAACCCUUGAAGCAGAACUUGAGGUAUGCCCAAGUGACUGAUAUGCAAGUGGGGUUGUUGCAUUGUGUAGCACUGAUGCAGCAUCCAGAUUGACAACUAAGUGGUUAAUCAUUUAGCACCUCAUCUAGGUGAGGAUCCACCCAUUACCAGAUGAUAAAUAGGACUGGUCAGUGCACUCUUGAACAGAGUUCUUAUUUGGAAGCUUGGCCAAUGAUAUGCAGGGGAAAACUGGUAAUUUAAUGGAACUCUAAAGCAAGUUUUCACCACCCCAUACUCAAAAUUUCAGAAAGUUCCACUUCCAAAUAUGUCCCUUUUUAUAGGCUUAAGACUAAACAGUAGGCAAACCACAAGAAAGCAUUGAAGAAAAAAAUAUAAUGGUGAAGCAGAUCGAUGUGGGUAAAACCACAGGCAGCAGCCUGGUAGGUACUUCAGAUGCAAACAUCUCUCCCCUGCCCCCAACUCCACUGUUUUCACACUCCCAUCAGCCUCUUUCUUGGGGGGAGGGGGUUAGCAUUUUGUAGAAUUAUUGGGCAAGGACUAGAUCACACAGCUGAGUAAUAACCCUGAAAAGGAUUGAAAGACCAGGCUACUCAUCUGCUUAACAAGUGAGUAUAUUAUUUCAUGCAUACAAAAUAUAGCUCAUUUUCAUCCCAUCUUUUAUAGGGAUGCCUGUUAUUCUGAAUGACCAUAUUGUAUAGGCCAUUCUCCUCCUCAACUAAUAGUUUGCUCAGGGAGCCACCAAGAGAUCUCCAGUAAAGAUUUAUCCUUCUGCCUGUCUUUCAGGUGCCAGAAAGGAUGAGCCUUGGAGACCAGUUUUGUAUCUCUCGGGUGUCAACUUAUUUUUAAAAGUUCCAAAAUUCAGAAUGCUUACCCUGCAAUAAGGACUUACUUAGUGUUCCAUAGGAGGGGAAGUCUCUAGGACACACAUCGGUAUGUUUUGUUUAAGUCACAGACAAAAUUCAGGUCCCUAGACUUUGUAUGACUGAUACUGUUUGAUUUAAGAAUAUGCAGGAUAUUUGUAAUUGCGGGGUUUGCAGAUGCCUUGUAACUAGGCAUAGAUCACUUAUCAGCAAUCUGUAGGAGACUGAGUAGAGGAAAAGGACUUUAAGGUAUUCUGCGUAAGGUAAGCUUGUUACACCUUGUAUACGUUUUGUAAGGAACCUCGUGUGAUUGCUGUAGUUGCUGCAUUUGCCUGGUCAGAUAAACACCAAAGGGAGUGUAAUUCAGUGGUAUAAUGACCUCUUUGGAACAAGACGCCAUGCCCUUCCUUUUAUGCUGCAUAACUUUUAUUUCCUCACCAGUGUGGCCAUAUGGUGGUUUAAGUUAAGAUUACUGUCUUCGUGUGUAGUCAGAUCCCUGACUACUGAGUCGACUCUUAAGGAUAUAUUAUCAACUUGAUGAUUGACUUCCCAAAAGGUGCAAUUAUGAUUUUUUUUAGCACCGAGUUUAAGACCAUGGCUUUGACACCAUUUGUUACUCAAGAUAGGUGGUGUUGUGGAAUAUUAGUGUCUGCAGGGGAGUCUGUGAUCACCCCCAGCUUGCAUUCAGCUGCAAACUUAGCCAUCCAUAAAACUUAAGCAUUUGCUUCAACUUCAGGGAAAUAGAUGUCAAAAAGGAGUGGGCCCAGUACUGAGCCAUGUGGGACUCAACUAGUGACUGGCCUCCUGGUGGAGGUGUUUUUACGUAUUUUGACCUUUUGGGUCUUGGCAGUGUGUUUUUACGUAUUUUGACCUUUUGGGUCUUGGCAGUGUGUCCGUUGGUUGUCCAGUAGGUGAUGAAAGGCUUUUUACCUAAUUUAGUGAACUUGUCUAUAAUACUUCAGUGAGUAUUGUUUCAAAAGCCUUGGCCAAGUUAAGGUUAAGUUGUGUGCAUUGUCAUGCCAUAAUCCAUUGCUUUGGUGACCCUUUCAAAGAAGUCUACCAAUUUUAAUAAGCAUGACCUUCCUUUAACAGAGACUAAUUGUGAUGGCUCCUGCUUUUGCAGGUUAUCUACGUCCUCUUUUAUCAUGUCCAUGAUAAUUCUUUCCAAGGCUUUAUAUAUAAAGCUGGUAAGACUUGUGAGCCUGUAGUCAUGUGGAUCAAUAGUUGGAAAUCCUUUGUGCAGGGGAAGGACUUUAACCAUCUUCUACUCCUUGGGAAUAAAAUCUGACUGUAGGCUUCAGCUGAAAAGUGAUUCAGGUACACCAGAGAGGCCAUAUUUCAUGCUAUGUUAUAAGCAUCCUGGGGAAGUUAUCAAUGCAGUGUUUUUGACCUUGGAAAGUGCAUUGAUGACCUGUUCUCAAGUAAUGAUUAGAGAGAUUUGUGGUAUGUGGUAUUUUAUUUGGACUAUUGGGGGUGGGGGGAUUUGAGCUGAACCUUUCGGUUCAGUGUGGGCGAUGCCACUUACAACAAGUUACGCACAUUGUUGCUUAUUUCCUGUGAGGUUGCGGACAUAACUGUUUAAAGCUCUUUGUUUUUCCUUGCCUGAGAUGCUUCUUAUUCUAAUUUAGCUUUGCAGUGUUAAAUAACCCUUUUAACUAACCCUCUUAACUGCCUGUUUAGAUUGGUCAGGGGACUUUUAUUAUGUUGGCCUUUAUUCCUACUGUGCUUGGCCAAGAUUUUGUUUUCUUUCGUUGUAUAACUAGUUGAUAUUGUGAUUCCACCAGGGUGGCUUGACUUCAGUUUGUCUUAUUCUUAAUAUGAGUGGGCACAACUCUCUCUACACAACAAUCAGUAUAGCUGUACAGGGAUUUUUUUAAGUAGCUCAGUAUAUGCUAUGGUGUGUGCUGGGUUGGGGUGCAUGGAAUUUAGCCAAGGUGUCACUUGGUAGAGAGAAGUUAGCCUUGGAAUAGUUCCCAAAGGUUUUUGGUUUUAUUGGGUCCCCGAAUUUAAUUUUUAUUUCAUGCAAUACUGCCUUAUGGUCAGAUUUGACAAAUGACGACAUUACAUUGGGUGAGGAGCAUCACUCCCCCUUGUUCAUGAGUGCAAGGUUAAGGGUGUUUCUACCCUGACAGGCAAAUGGACCAACUGCUCCAGGAUGUUGGUAUUAACAGCGUUUAGGAAUUUUUGGGUUUGUGCAUUAGAAGUGGUGUAAGUUUCCUAAUCUGUAGAGGGAUAGUUGAGAUCCGUCAUGAAGACCAUAUUGGGUUGAAUGGAGGGGACUGUAAUACAUUAAGAUAGGUAGUAUAAGUUUCCUGCGACACAUGGAGGUAGAUCUAUAGGUUGCCAAUAUAGAGUAUGAGACCCUGUUUAUGGUGAAAUUGCACAUGUAUGAAUUCUAGUGGGUCAUACACCUUAAGUAGUGUGGAUGUGAGGCUGUUUUUAAUGGACUGAGACUCCUCCACCUUUAUUUCCUUUUAGUACAGCAGCUGGUCUAAAGGUGUGAAAGGCAUUAUAACCUUGCACUACUGGGGUACUCUCUGACUUUAAACCAUGUCUCCUGUACUACACAAACUACUCUCUCCACGGAGAGGAAGUCUUGCAGGGAGUGGAGUUUCUUAAGACUUCUAGCAUUAUAGUAAGUGCUCAGGGCAAGUGGAUUCCUGUACAUUGAAGGCUGCACAUAAUUCUGAAGAAGAUACUGUGUUACUCUUUGCACAUGGUAUAUAAGUGGGGAAAGUGUCUGCUCAUCACAUACAGUAUCGCAGAUUGUGUACAGAGCAACGAUGAUGGAACUUGGUGUACCCCAUACAAGCCUGGAAUUAGUUUGUAUAAGUGGGCAUGAAGCUCAGAGCAGUAUACAUCUGCUCAUUACUCAACAAUAGUGCAGGCAUCAUGAGUAAGAGCAUAAUCUUCUCAGGCAACCUCAGGUGGAAGUUGAGCAGAGAAAUGAUCAAGUUACUGAGGGAUGAAUAGGGAAUUCCAAAUGUAGAUUUGUUCCCUUUCUUGCAAUCUGUUUCCUUUCCAGCUGCAAUUUGCUUGCAGUGGUAUCUUAAGGGUGGCUGUGGAAGAACUUGUUUAUAUUUACUUUCUAUCACUAUAUUUCUCUAAUGUUACAGUACAAAGAUACACGGGUAGGGAAACCCGGGAUUAUACUAAUACUGUAUUGACCAGUUAGCAGUGCUUCUCCAUGGUGAUACAGCUGAUGAGAAGACUGUCAUUCUUCUUACUGCACAUGUCACUCAGAAAUAAGGCAUCCUGAUCCAUCUGAACAUAUAGGGAGAUUCGUUUCCAACUAGAAUGAUCCAUCGUUGCUGUUAAGCACUUUUUCUCUAAGGUCAAGCUUUGCUUUAUGAAAGAAGUCAGACCACCCUACAGAGAAGUCUAAUCUUAAAGAAUGGUAAAUAUUCUGUUUGUGAUACAGAAAGAGAACUCCAAGCCCAUUAUAAGUAAGGGAAUCUCUCAUUGUUAGAUCUGUGUUCAGCAGGAUUGUCCUACUCUUCCAUUUAAGUACAUGUAUCUACUGUCUUGAUAUAUAUUCUAAAAUAUCUUCCAUGACUUGGUUGUCAAGUAGUUCAUGACAGAAGUUCACCACUUUAGAUCACAAAGGAAGAGGACUAUAGCAGCAUUCAGCAAUCUCAAGUUUUAUUCUGUCAAAGUUCUUUGUAGACCAUUUUGAACAAGGAAUGUCAAUCUUAGUUAAUGAAUUUGUCCUGGAAGGUCAUCAUUUUGGUAACUGUGAAAUCAAACAGAAGAAAGUCUGAACUAUAAGCCAUGAUGUGCUAGGAGCUAUUUAUGAUAUUCCAAAGGGACAUGGUAAGUUUCGCAACAAACUCCAAUUUAAUCCUAAAGUAGUUUCUGACAUCUCUCGUAAUCAGAUUGUCUGUUUACCUGUAUGUUUGUUUUUUAAAUCAACCUAUGAAUAAAAAGGAGAGCAUCUUAAACCUUCAGCACAUCAACAGCAAACUUAGAAAAAGUCUUUCAAGCUAAUAUACAACUUAUUUGUGACCUUCACUGGUGGGGGAGGGGGGUGGCAGGCUAGAUUCAGGACAAACUUUCCAAGCAGUUAGCUAACUGCUUUGUCUUUUACUACAGGAAAUGCAAGAGAGCCACUCUAGGGCAGAUCAUUAUGGAGGGCACUUGCUGUUUCUGCCCCUUUCGUCAGGAAUGUCUUGACACAGAGAAUUUGUGAAGCAGCCAUGUGAUCCUCCAUCCAUACAGUUUCAAAAUGCUGCAGAUUUGAUGUGCAGUAUGUGCUCUUCAUAAGUAGAGUUGAGUUUGGGACUAUUCUGUUGCAGGAGAUAAUCUGUGGGUUUCGACAGGAAUGGUACUGAGUACUAACCAUUUCUGAUGUAGCUGUGUGAGUCUUCCUAUACAUCAGGAAUUCUACUGCAGCACUGAUCUGUAUGAAUUGCAUAGUACAAAUCUGAGAAACUCCUCCUAAGCAUAUGUUCAAGUAUGAUCUCUACAGCAGUACUAGCUUUCUCCCUUAUUCCAAGACAAUCUUAUAAAUCUCCAAGUGUAAGGGAGGAGUUGGAGCCAAGAGCAACGACCACCUCUCCCCUUACCUUUGCCUGCAUUUUACACUUGGCACACAAGGGGCAAGGUAUGACAGUUGAGACUCCUCAAAGAUAUGACCUCUUCAUAAUGAAAGGUUGUUCCAUUCACAGAAAGUCAAAAAUGAGCAGAAGAUGACAUGAGUGUACUGUCUCUUUAAUCUGAAGUACAAGCCUCAUACAAGUAUCAGUCCAUGCCUAUAUGUCUGAGGAGGUCUGGGAUAUAGGCUGGUCAGGGAGGCAUCUGCAUGUGACCAAUUUCCAUAAAGUUAAGAAUUAUACAUGAUCCUACUGUGACAUCAGUGGUUAUGUUGCAUUUAUCACACUGAUUAUGUUGCAUUUAUCACACAAUUUUACUUUCUUUAGAGAGCCAUUGUCCUUGAGCUCUAAUUUCAUUCAGAGUUUGUUUUAUCUUAAGAUUCUGUUUAUUAUUUUAGCUGUUAUCUUAAGAUUCUGUUUAUUAUUUUAGCUGUUAGUCACAUACAUUUCACUAGCUUCAUCAGAAGUGGAGUGGAACUGAAUAUGCUACAAGUAAGGGGCUCUGACUUUGAAGGCUGCCUGCUGUAGGUAACCAGGAUUUACCUUUUAUGAUGUCUCUAGCUUGCCUCAGUUCUGAAAUUUCUCUCGCUUUCAUUUUCUGAUGCAUGCAUGCAUAUCUUCAGCAAGCACGUGCUUUUAUGUUACACACCAAACUAGGAGUCAUGUUUCCACUGUGUGGUUUGCUGUUCAUUCCUGCCCCUUUGUUUGUUUCUUUUUUAUGUAAAUCAGUCGAAAAUUAACUGUUCUGAUUCAGUUAUUCAUUCUCCAGUUAUGUACUUAACCUAAUGCAGGGUUGCAAAGGAGCUGGAACCUAUCUGGCACUCACUGGAUGCAAGACAUAGUGGCAUAGCCUGAAUUUCAAGCCAUCCCUCAUCACACUACACUACACUGUCUGACACACACAUAUACACAUAUACGCACAUGCGUACAUCUAUGGGAAAUUUUGAAGAACUCCAGUUCAUGCGUGUUAUGUCUGGGAUGCAAGAGGAAACUGGAGCACCUUCCAACUCCCACAUGAAUGCCGUGACAAUAUUUUAAUUCCAUGCAGAAAGUACUCAUCUGAAAGCCAGAAAUAUGAACCUCUAUACCACUGUGCUACCUUGUAUAAGUAUGGUUAUGUAUAGCAUAAACCAAUCUCAUUUUCAACAAGUUUGUACUCGGGUAGGUCACCGUGUAUAAGACAUUAUUUAGAUUCUGUUACUUUGUUCUAUUACUUAAAAAAAAGUAUAUUUAAUUGUUUAAUGGAGCCAGUUAUUUGAAGGAAUUUUGUAUAAAAUACAUGGGCUAAACCCUACAUAUUCUGGAAGCUAGUUCCUCAUGGUGAUGUCAACAUCAUGGUUAACCAUGGUUAUGCAAAAGCUAAAGUGAAUAUUUCCUGGAACCUGAAAGAGAGCAAGUUCUGGUGAUGCUAAAAUUGUGGUUUAGGUAAGUGUUACAAACUGAGGCUUGUGGACUUCAAGGUAAAAUAGUUCACUUGGGACUGUUAUGUGGAUUUAUCUUGAGAUUAUCUGAGGUUAAUGUUUUUAUAACUGGGUGAAAGCAAUCUGGGAGGCCCUGCACAAACAUGUGUUUGUGUACACAGCAGAAGAGGAGCUGGAAGGACAGUCUGGUAAAGUUCCCUGUAAAGUGGUGAUGCCUCUUUGGUUUUGUCUGCUCAAGUUCUGUAUUUAUAGUGUGAAAUUGUAGAGCCAAGUUGAGUUGUGUUUUAUAUUUUUUUAAAUUAAGAAAAUAGAGCUCUGUUUUUAUAUUUCUAGCUUCACUGUGGUUGCCAAUGCCGCUGUCAAGCAACAGCACAGGUUCAAUCUGUCAGCAAUAUUCCAGUCAGGAUUGUAUAUAAAGCACCUUUCAGAUGGCUGCAUGUUUCAGAUGUAAUAUGACCAGGCAUAUUUUGCUAGAAGCUUAGCGUAAGGAAAGAUUAUUGAUGACCUUGUCUGCUGUCAAGUGAAAUACUAAGCUAAAAUGUGCCCCUGCUGCCAUUGAUCAGUCUUCAUAUUUAUAUGGUUUACUACAGAACUAAGUUGUCUUACAUAUCUGAACUUUGCAGCUAUCUGACAGGUGCAUUGCAUAUGUUCUGAUUGAUUGGAAUACUUAUGUAUUGCAUCUGUGCUGUUACUUGUUUCCUUCAUUGAGGCUUCCUACAUUUCCUUUGAGGUCCUGCUGUUGUAAACUCUGAAAACCUAAGUAGCAGACUGUUCUGACCAUGAAAUAAACUGUUUGUUGCUGUUUUUUCCUUAA